CUCUCUGAGCAUGGUCUUUGUUUUUAAGUUCAUGUGGCUGAAUCCAUUCAGCUGUCAGUGUGAGAGCAGCGCUAGAGUCAGUCCACUCUGAAUGUGCCACUCGAUACAGACGGGCGAUUCCUCACCUCUCUUUCUCUCUUCAGUUCUGUUCAAAAUAACAGGGUGAAGGCGGAUAUAUCAGCAUUUACGUAUGUGAGCCUGUUAUUACAGCCAAGUGUAGUUUCCACUAAGAGUUCAGCACUCUAAAAACACGCUUGUAAGUGCAUAUUCGGAAAUGAAAGUGAAGCGAUCGGAGAUGUGGACAGCCGCUGUCCUGCUGAUGUUAACCUUCUACGUGUGCGCGAGUGUACCCGAGGAGCCCCCGGACAGAGCGGCUCCAUCUGACGGCUAUUGCAGCUGGAUAACGCGGGCUCAGCCUCACGGAGCUGGAAGCAGGAGGGAGGGCUUCAAUGAGUUCAGACUGCGAGUGGAAGGAGACCCGGAGCAUUAUCAACCCGGCAGCACUUACCGAGUAUCCCUGUAUGCAACCAACCCUGCAUACUUCAGAGGCUUUACUCUUAUUGCUCUGAAGGAAGGGCACAAUGGAGACCAAGAGGAGGAUUAUGCUGGAAAUUUCCAGAUAAUCGAUGAGGAAGACACACAGUUUAUGACAAACUGCCCUCCAGCAGUGACAGAAAGCACCCCACGCAGGAGGACCAGGAUACAGGUGUUCUGGACUGCACCCCCAUCAGGCAGUGACUGUGUACUGUUGAAAGCUAGUAUUGUUCAGAGGAAGAUCAUCUCAUUCCAGGAUGAAGGAUCGCUAACGAAGCGGAUAUGUGAGAAAGAGGCAAUUUAUGGAGAAACCACAGACAAACCCCUGCUGGACUGCUGUGCCUGUGGAACUGCCAAAUACAGAGUCACAUUCUAUGGGAACUGGUCAGAGAAAUUGCACCCAAAAGACUACCCAAGGAGAGCCAAUCACUGGUCAGCCCUCAUUGGAGCUUCCCAUUCGAAGAACUAUAUAUUGUGGGAGUAUGGAGGUUAUGCCAGUGAAGGGGUCAAACAGGUUGCUGAACUGGGCUCACCGGUCAAGAUGGAGGAGGAGAUCCGUCAGAAGGGUGAUGAGGUCUUGACCGUCAUAAAGAUGAAGGCCCAAUGGCCAGCCUGGCAGCCCCUUAAUGUUCGAGCAGCUCCUUCAGCUGAGUUCUCAGUGGACCGAACACGUCACCUAAUGUCCUUUCUGACCAUGCUGGGUCCCAGUCCUGACUGGAACGUGGGUCUGUCAUCAGAGGACCUCUGCACCAGAGAGUGUGGCUGGGUCCAGAAGGUGGUUCAGGACCUCAUUCCAUGGGAUGCGGGUACAGACAGCGGGGUCACUUACGAGUCUCCCAACAAGCCUGCAACACCUCAGGAGAAAAUUCGUCCCCUCACAAGUUUAGACCAUCCACAGAGCCCUUUCUACGACCCAGAGGGUGGCGCAAUCACUCCUGUGGCUAGAGUUGUGGUAGAAAGAAUUGCUCGCAAGGGUGAGCAGUGCAACAUUGUGCCGGAUAAUGUGGACGACAUUGUGUCUGACAUUGCCCAGGAGGAAAAAGAAGAAGAUGACACUCCAGAGACAUGUAUCUACUCCAACUGGUCUCCGUGGUCCGCGUGCAGCUCCUCGACAUGUGAGAAGGGGAAAAGGAUGAGGCAGAGGAUGCUGAAGGCACAGCUGGAUCUCAGUGUGCCCUGUCCGCAUACUCAAGACUUUGAGCCGUGCAUGGGGCCCGGCUGCAGUGAUGAGGAUGCUUCCACGUGCAUGAUGUCGGAAUGGAUCACAUGGUCACCAUGCAGUAUGUCUUGUGGAGCAGGUGUGCGUUCUAGGGAGCGCUAUGUAAAACAGUUUCCAGAUGAUGGCUUUGUUUGCACUCAUCCCACUGAAGAGACAGAGCCAUGCACUGUCAAUGAGGACUGCUCUCCAAGCAGUUGCUUGGUUACUGAAUGGGGUGAAUGGGAUGCAUGCAGCGCCACCUGUGGGCUUGGCAUGAAAAGACGGGAGCGGAUGGUGAAAAUGCCCCCAUCUGAUGGCUCCAUUUGUGGGGCUGAGGUGGUGGAAGUGGAGAAGUGUAUGAUGCCAGAAUGCCAUACAAUCCCAUGUUUACUGUCCCCCUGGUCGGACUGGAGCGAUUGCAGUGUGACGUGUGGUAAAGGCACACGGAUGCGUCAGCGUAUGCUCAAAUCACCUGCAGAGUUGGGAGAAUGCAAUGAGGAGCUGGAACAGAUGGAGAAAUGCAUGCUGCCAGAGUGUCCGAUGGAUUGUGUGAUGACAGAGUGGUCCGAGUGGUCAGAGUGCAGUAAAUCCUGUGGGAAGGGUCACUUGAUCCGCACACGCAUGAUCACUCUGGAUGCUCAGUUUGGUGGGGAUCCGUGCCCCGAGACCACACAGAGAAAAACAUGCAAGAUCAAGAAGUGUAAUCAAGGAGGCAUAAACAGUGAAGAGAGGAAGAGGCGCAAGGAAGACCGUAAGAAGAGGAGGAACAAACAGGGAAGGGAGGAGAGUGCCGAUGAGCUCGCAGGAUGCAAAAUGAAGCCGUGGUCUGCAUGGACUGACUGUACCAAGCUGUGUGGUGGGGGAAUCCAGGAGCGUUUAAUGACUGCCAAGAAGAGAUACAAGAAUGCACAACUAACUAGCUGUAAAGACCGAAAGGAGAUACGGGCCUGCAAUGUCCAUCCCUGCUAGGGCAGUAUUUGAGUGGGCUUGCGUGAUGGGACCCAAACUAGAUUAUGAACAGACUGUCACACACUGUCUUGCAGUUAUUUAAUGCACUCUGUUUGGGAUUGGAAAACUGCAAAAGGUAGUCUGUUAUUUUGACUUUUAUUUUCUAGAAUUUAUAGUGACCAAGGCAUUAUCUAGCCUGUAAAGGAAUAGGAAACCAAGAGGGAAGGUGCUCAGAGUUGCAAUGUACUGUACAAAUUUGGAUGUAUUAAUAUGCAUUAGUAUUUGAGAGUAACAGUCCUCUAUCGAACUUUGAAGAGGGAGUUCUUUUGAAUAUUGAUUUUUUCCAUGGAGUAUCAAAGAUUAAUGUGUUCUGACAUGAAAUUCAAAACAAAUUUCUCCUUUUAUACUCUGUGAUCCAAACACUCACACAUAGAAAAGAAACACUGACAGCUACCCAUGUUCACUUUUACCCUAUAAUCAAAAUGAUCAGAGGAGCUACAUUUAGAUGCAUGCAAACCAUUCAUUCAGGAUAUCUGAAAUGUUGUGGCCAUAAAUAUCUAGUUUUUUUUUUUAUUAUUAUUAUUGCUUUGUAGCCUGUGAAUGCUAAUUUUAGACAAAAAAAUUCAGAUGGCACUUAGAGGCUUUUGCAUAUGAACUAGGUAUUAGUAUGUAACAUUUUAGGUACAACAAAAUAUACAAAAACUGACCAAAAUCCUACAUUUGUGCAUUUUAAUAGACACUGCAAUGUACAAUAUGGGCAUAUUGACAACAUCUAAACUGUAAACACGGUAACAUAUUUACACAUACAGAAGUGUGACAUAAUUUCAAAUAUUUUAUCAUAACUAUAUUUGUAUAGUUAAAUUUUUACCAUUUCAUUUAUGUUUUAGAUUCCUUGACCUACCACAAACCUAAUCGUAUGUAUGAAACAUAAAAAAGGCAGCACCAAAGCAGCCCACAUGUCUAAUGCGUUUCUCUGUUUCUUGCUGAAAAUCACAUUCCAAUAUAUUUAAGGCACACAUAUUUUGUUCAAAUGCAUAUAUUUUAAGGUUUAA